UAGUUGUGCUCAAUGGUGCAUGUAGUGGUGUGUGCCUAGCCCCGGUCACGUGGGCAGCUGUCUAGUUCUCGUUAUGCGUCUAUAAAUUCUCCUUCUUAUAUGCAGUUGGCCCCUUCCCUAAGUAAGACGCCUUGUCCACGAGUCCAUCAACAGAGUAGCUACGACUUGUCAUAGAAUCAUGGCACAAGACCAGGCUUUUGUGACGUUGGCGACCAAUGACAACUAUGCCAGAGGAGCCAUGGUCCUGGGCAAGUCCCUGAGGAACCACAAGACAACCAGGAAGCUGGUGGUGAUGAUCGGACCCCACGUCUCUGACCCCUGCAAAGGAGUUCUUCACAAGAUCUUUGACGAGGUCUUGUUGGUGGAUGUGUUGGACAGCGGAGACUCAGCUCACCUGGCCCUGAUGAAGAGACCUGACCUGGGAGUCACCUUCACCAAGCUACGCUGCUGGACCCUUACACACUAUUCCAAAUGUGUCUUCAUGGACGCAGACACACUGGUGGUACAGAACAUAGAUGAGUUGUUUGAUAGAGAGGAGCUGUCUGCGGCCCCGGACCCCGGCUGGCCAGACUGUUUCAACUCCGGCGUGUUCGUGUUCCGGCCCUCCGACGAGACGUACAGCAAACUGCUCCAGUACUGCACAGAACACGGCAGCUUCGAUGGAGGAGACCAGGGGGUCUUGAAUGGCUACUUCAGUAACUGGGCAACAGCAGAUAUAUCCAAACACCUCCCCUUCAUCUACAACCUCAGCAGCAUAGCAAUCUACACCUACCUUCCAGCAUUCAAACAAUACGGGGGCAACGCCAAGGUGGUUCACUUCCUGGGUCAGACCAAGCCGUGGAGCUACACGUACGACCCCACCACCAAGAGGCUCAGCGGGGACAUGCAGGAGACCUCCACACACCCCAGCUUCCUCCUGGACUGGUGGUUCCUCUACUCGUCCUCUGUGGUGCCCAUGAUGGCGGAGGGAUACGGAGACCAGCCCUUCCACUCUGGCUGUGUGGAAGUCCGUCCAGAAUUCCAGUCCUCUGUCAAAGAAAGUUGUGGUCACCGUGGUCACUGGCCUGGGUCAUGGUCACAGAUCAUUAGUCACAAGGAAGGUGGCUGGAAGGGAAGCAGCACGUCACAUGACUCCCAUCACACUGAGCCAUACAUGUCACCAGAGACAUCCGAGGAACGCAAGCAGAAAUGGGAGCAGGGCCAGGCGGACUACAUGGGAAUGGACUCGUUUGACAAUAUCCAGAAAAAGCUUGAUGCUUUUCUCAAAUAGAGGAGAAACAGAGUUUGAGUGAUUCAGUUUAGUUAAUUCCCCCCCCCCCCCCCCCCCCCUCACACACAACUCUCCCAUUUUACCAAUAGUUGGUUCUCCAUAUUAGUGGGCCAUUACCCACCCCAGCUAGAACACAAUUCUGUUACGAUGGGAAACGUUCUGACAUUGUUGGCAAAGGGCAUCCAGCUGUGCAAUCCUUGUAUAGUAUGUUUAUCCUGUCCAUAUAUGUACUGUGACGAUUACGACACUGAAGAGCCAAUUUAUUGACCAGCUUUUACAAUACCUAUAUAUAUUUUUUUCUAUUUGUGAAGAAAAUGUUUAGAAUUUAAACCGCAAUAAAAUAAUAAAUAAAUUCUGGCCUUGGUAUAUGGACAUGAGCCUUUUUCCACGUGUGGACACUGACGAUCAAUACUGUAACUAAGACCUGAAUGCUUUGUCUUGCCAUGUCUACACAACCUGGGCCUUCAGAAAGUAUUCACAACCCUUCACUCGAUCCACAUUUAGUUGUUACAGAUUGCAUUUAAAAUGGAUUUUUAAACACAAUAUCUGAUUUUGUCAGUGGAUUGUUUUUUUUUGGUUGACACAUUUAACUGAAGUGUCUUGAGUCAAGUGUUCAACCCCUUAUGGCAAGCCUAAAUAAGUGCUUACCAUGAUUUUUUGAAUGACUACCUCAUCUCUGUACCCUCCCUACAUCUUUUAAGGUUGUGCAGUGAAUGUAACAAAUAAGAUUCAACCUCAGAAGGGCACCUAUUGGUAGAGGGGUAAACAUUUUUUAAAAGCAUACACUGAAUAUCCCUUUGAGCAUGGUGAAGUUACUAAACUUGGGACGGUGUAUCAAUACACCCAGUCACUACUACGAAGCAGGCGUCCUUCCUAACUCAGUUGCCUGAGAGGAAGGAAACCUCGCAUCGAUUUCACCAUGCGGCCAAUGGUGAGUUUAAUGGCUGUGAUAGGAGAACUGAGAAUAGAUCAACAUUGUAGUUACGCCACGAUACCGACCUAAUUGACAGUGAAAAGAAGGCACCCUGUACAGAAUAUGCAUCCUGUUUGCAAUAAGGCACUAAAGUAAAACGUAAAGAACUGUACUUUGUCCUGAAUAAAGUGUUAUGUUUGGGACAAAUCCAACACAUCACUGAGUACCACUCGCCAUAUUUUCAGGUUCUGGGUACGCUUGUCAUCGGCAAGGACGAGGGAGUUUUUUUUUAGGAAACAAAUAGAUCUAUAAGCACAGGCAAAAUCCUAGAGGAAACCCUGGUUGUCUGCUUUCCAACAGACACUGGGAGACAAUUUCACCGUUCAGCAGGACAAUAACCUAAAACACAAGGCCAAUUAUACACAAGUUGCUUACCAAGAUGACAAAGGUUCCUGGGUGGCCUAGUUGAAGCUUGAAAAUGUCUAAUGAUCAGCAAACAACCUGAGAGCUUGAAGCUUCUUUUUUUUUUUUUUUUUCAGAAUAAUGGGCAAAUAUUGUACAAUCCAGGUGUGCAAAUCUUUUAGAGACUGACCCAGAAAGACUGUCAGCUCUAAUCACUCUUAGAGACUUACCCAGAAAGACGGAUGUAAUCACUGCCAAAGGUGAUUCUAACGUGAAUUGACUCGGGGUUAAACACUUAUCUAAUCAAGAUACUGUGUAUUUGUGUUUAAUUUUUCAUGUGGAAUAAGUCAAGUGAAUACUUUCUGAAGGAACAUGUUCUGCUGCCUUAGUUUUCAUACUGUUUUGCACUUCACUUCUUCAGCCGCUGUGAGGGUUCUCCUCUCCGGCUUGUUUUUUAGUUGGCCUGAACCCAGGGUAGGUUUCCAGUUGGCCUGAACCCAGGGUAGGUUUCCAGUUGGCCUUAACCCAGGGUAGGUUUUUUAGUUGGCCUUAACCCAGGGUAGGUUUCCAGUUGGCCUUAACCCAGGGUAGGUUUCCAGUUGGCCUUAACCCAGGCUAGGUUUUUAGUUGGCCUUAACCCAUGGUAGGUUUUUAGUUGGCCUUAACCCAGGGUACAUUUCCAGUUGGCCUUAACCCAGGGUAGGUUUCUAGUUGGCCUUAACCCAGGGUAGGUUUCUAGUUGGCCUUAACCCAGGCUAGGUUUUUUAGUUGGCCUUAACCCAGGGUAGGUUUCCAGUUGGCCUUAACCCAGGGUAGGUUUCCAGUUGGCCUUAACCCAGGGUAGGCUUCCAGUUGGCCUUAACCCAGGGUAGGUUUUUAGUUGGCCUUAACCCAGGGUAGGCUUCCAGUUGGCCUUAACCCAGGGUAGGUUUCCAGUUGGCCUUAACCCAGGGUAGGUUUCCAGUUGGCCUUAACCCAGGGUAGGUUUCCAGUUGACCUUAACCCAGGGUAGGUUUUUUAGUUGGCCUUAACCCAGGGUAGGUUUUUUAGUUGGCCUUAACCCAGGGCAGGUUUCCAGUUGGCCUUAACCCAGGGUAGGUUUCCAGUUGGCCUUAACCCAGGGUAGGUUUCCAGUUGGCCUUAACCCAGGGUAGGCUUUUAGUUGGCCUUAACCCAGGGUAGGUUUCCAGUUGGCCUUAACCCAGGGUAGGUUUCCAGUUGGCCUUAACCCAGGGUAGGUUUCCAGUUGGCCUUAACCCAGGGUAGGUUUCCAGUUGGCCUUAUCCCAGGGUAGGUUUCCAGUUGGCCUUAAUCCCAGGGUAGGUUUCCAGUUGGCCUUAACCCAGAAUAGGUUUUUUAGUUGGCCUUAACCCAGGGUAGGUUUUUUAGUUGGCCUUAACCCAGGGUAGGUUUCCAGUUGGCCUUAACCCUCACAGUUGGACCUUUUGAGUACCUGUUACACUCCCACCUCCUGCUAGUGUUUGAUCAGCUGUACUCUUGUCUACUGGCUCCUAAUGCCGGUACGUGUUGAUCUUUGUUUUUUAGCUUACUGCUGUUUUACCUGUACCACAGACGCUGUCACAUGCUAAAUAAAGUACUUUUAGAAUAAAUA